AUUUGGUCCAGCACCAGUGCAGGAACGACUCAGCUGCAUGGCCAGGAAUAACUCCAUCUAUGUGGUUGCAAACAUCGGGGACAAGAAAUCCUGUAACUCCAGUGACCCUGACUGCCCCAGUGAUGGUCGCUAUCAGUACAAUACAGAUGUUGUCUUUGACUCAGAAGGGAAACUGGUGGCUCGUUACCACAAGUAUAAUCUCUUUAUGGUAGAAAAUCAGUUUAAUUACCCAAAAGAGCCAGAAGCUGUCACCUUUGAGACUCCCUUUGGGAAAUUUGGCAUCUUCACUUGCUUCGACAUCCUUUUCCAUGAGCCUGCUGUGGUCCUGGUGAGCAAGAUGCAGGUGGACACUGUGCUGUUCCCAACAGCUUGGAUGAAUGUCCUGCCUUUUCUGACUGCAGUUGAGUUUCACUCUGCCUGGGCUAUGGGCAUGGGUGUCAACUUCCUAGCUGCCAAUAGUCACAACAUCAGCUUGGCAAUGACAGGGAGUGGUAUUUAUGCACCAGAUGGAGCCAGAACAUACUCCUACAAUAUGAAAACUGAGGAUGGUCACCUCCUUGUUGCUGAACUAGAUGCACACCCUCGUCAUUCUUCUGCCUCCCCACCUGCUGUCAGCUGGAGUUCAUAUGCUUUGAGUAUCAAAAGAUUCUCACAGAAUGACCAUGAUUUCCCAGGAAUUAUCUUUCAUGAUCAGUUCACUUUCACUGAGCUAACUAAGCCUGAGGGGAAUCUCACUGUUUGCCAAAAAGACCUCUGCUGUCACUUGAGCUACAAGAUGGAAGGGAAACCAGAAGAUGAAAGAUAUGUGCUGGGUGCUUUUGAUGGGCUUCAUGUUGUUGAAGGGCAAUACUAUCUGCAGAUAUGCACACUGCUCAAAUGCAAGAGCACAGACCUGGACACGUGUGGGCAGCCCGUGGAGAUGGCUCAGACUGAGUUUGAUAUGUUCUCCCUCAGCGGCACGUUUGGCACCAACUAUGUCUUCCCAGAAGUGUUGUACAGUGGGGUGCAGCUGGCUCCUGGGGAGUUUGAGGUGCUGAAUGACGGGCGCUUGAUAAGUAAAACAAAACCGACAAAACCAAUUGUUACAGUGACACUUUUUGGACGGUGGUAUGAAAAGGAUAAUCUGAAACAAGACCCACAACCAACAGCCUUCCCGUGA